AUGCCAUUGAACUCUGUUCCUGCUAUCGAUCCUGUUAGUAAUCCACCAAGAAAGAUGCAUGCAAGAAAAUCAACUGGUGGAUCUGUUCCAGAAACUUUUUCUGUUCAAGGUAGAGAGGGCUCUGCUUAUGUUCACAAUGCGAUCGCAGAUAUUGUCACAAGAAUCUUGAAUGAAGGGCACCAGGUUGAUGGAAUAUCUGUUCCUCUAGCCCAAAUUCCUGCCUCUAAGAACAGCAAAGAUGAUCAAGAUGGUCAAGAUGAUGCUAGCAAAGAUCAGGGUGAUGUUGAGACAUCUGUUGACAACAAUGAUGAGAAGACCCCUGGUGCCAAAGAUGUUGAGACAUCUGAAGCUAUCAAUGUUGAAACAUCUGGUACUAAAGAUGCUGAGAUUCUUGAACCUGAGAAAGCUGAAGAGGUUCCUGUUGCUCCUUCUAAAGAAACCCUUAAUAAAGGCCCUACUGUGCAUGAUGUGGUGAAUCUGGAUGAUCUGGAUGAUUCUAUUGACAUUGCUGAUGAUGAGCUCAUCUCUAGCAUCUCUCAUAGAGUCAAGACUCGUAAGGGCAAACAGGUUUGUGAUCAAGAUUUUUCCAAACCUCAAGCUACUCCUCAAGUUACUCCUCAAAAGAAGGUCACUAUAAAGAAGAUCAAGAAGGUCCCUGCUGAACCUUCAACCACUGGGAGCAAGAUUGCAGUGAAGAAGAGGAAGGAAAGAAGUGUUUCUGCCCCUGAAGAUGAUGUCUUAAGUGAUGACCCUGACAUCCCAUCAAAGAAGAAGAUUGCUGAAUUUAUUGUGAAUUUGUCUCAAGAUUGUGGUGAUGGAAGAACUAAUGAUUUUCAUAAGGUGUAUGUUAGAAGAAAGUGUAUAAAUUUUUCCCGUGCUGUUAUCAACCUAUAUCUAGGUAGAGAUGCUGAGGCUCAACCUGAGCUUGAAGUGACUGAUAAUGAGGUGUGCAAGGUAAUCACUGGUGGUAAGGUUAAGAAGUGGCCCAUAAAGAGCAAACUGUCUGCUAGUUCUCUUAAUGUCAGGUAUGCAUUGCUGCACAAAAUUGGUGCUGCUAACUGGGUGCCUACCAAUCACACUUCUACCAUUGUUGUUGGCCUAGGAAGAUUCAUAUAUGUUGUGGGAACCAAGACAAAAUUUGACUAUGGGACUUACAUAUUUGAUCAAACUAUGAGGCAUGUUGGUACCUCUGCUACCAAGCUUCCCAUUGCUUUCCCAUCUCUGAUAUGUGGGAUAAUCCUCAAGCAACACCCUGGAAUUCUGAAAAGUAAAGAUUCUGUAUGUAAGAGGGAGAGUGCUUUGUCUUUUCACUACAAGCUGCUUCAGAGGUCUGAUGACAUGACAUCUGCUGGGACAUCACAACCCAGCAAGUCUGUGAACAAAGCCCUUCUUAUUGAUGAGCAGAAAGAGACUUGUCAAGAGUUGGACAACAGGAAGCUGAAACUUGAAAAGCUCAUCCAAAGUCUUGAGCAGUCUACAGAUGAUGACCUUGCUGGUGAGAGGGAUGGUGACAAUAUGGAUGAAGACAAAGGUGCUGAGGAAGAGGCUGAGGAAGAGGCUGAGGAUGCUGAAGCUGAGGGUGCUGAAAGUGGGAGUAGUGAUGCUGCUGAAGAGACUAGUAGCUCAAGUGAUGACAAUCCUGGUGGCUCUAGUGAUGAAGACAGUGAUGGGUCUGAUGAUUAG